GGAGUCCAGGAGGCGGCAGUGGCGGCACUGGAGCGCUCCUCUCCGGGACUGGCUGACCCGGGGAGCGAGGACAUCGCUCCGCACUGCUCUUCUGCCUGCCGCCAAGCCGUCCCUUCUCGCUAUGUCCCAGAGCAGACAUCGCGCCGCGGCCCCGCCGCUGGAGCGCGAGAACAGCGGGACCUUCAGUUUGGGGAAGAUGAUAACAGCUAAGCCAGGGAAAACAUCAAUUCAGGUAUUACACGAAUACGGCAUGAAGACCCAGAAAAUCCUGGUUUAUGAAUAUGAAAGAUCGGAUGUGCAAAUACAUGUACCCACUUUCACCUUCAGAGUAACCGUUGGUGACAUAACCUGCACAGGUGAAGGUACAAGUAAGAAGCUUGCGAAACAUAGAGCUGCAGAGGCUGCCAUAAACAUUUUGAAAGCCAAUGCAAGUAUUUGCUUUGCAGUUCCUGACCCCUUAAUGCCUGACCCUUCUAAGCAACCAAAGAAUCAGCUUAACCCUAUUGAUUCAUUACAGGAGUUGGCUAUUCAUCAUGGCUAGAGACUUCCUGAAUAUACCCUUUCCCAAGAGGGAGGACCUGCGCAUAAGAGAGAAUAUACCACAAUUUGUAGGCUAGAGUCAUUUAUGGAAACUGGAAAGGGGGCAUCAAAAAAGCAAGCCAAGAGAAACGCUGCUGAGAAAUUUCUUGCCAAAUUCAGUAAUAUUUCUCCAGAGAACCACAUUUCUUUAACAAACGUAGUAGGCCAUUCUUUAGGAUGUACUUGGCAUUUGUUGAGGAAUUCUCCUGGUGAAAAGAUCAACUUACAGAAAAGGAGCCUUCUCAGUAUUCCAAAUACAGAUUACAUCCAGCUGCUUAGUGAAAUCACCAAGGAACAAGGUUUUAAUAUAACAUAUUUGAAUAUAGAAGAACUGAGCGCCAACGGACAGUAUCAGUGUCUCGCCGAACUCUCCACCAGCCCCAUCACGGUCUGUCACGGCUCUGGGAUCUCCUGUGGCAACGCGCAGAGCGAUGCCGCUCACAACGCCCUACAGUAUUUAAAGAUAAUAGCAGAAAAAAAGUGAGCCUGAAGCAACUCCUGGAGCCCUCAGUAGCACAGAAGAACUCCCCCUGCGCCCCUCACCAAGUAAAAUGUUUACUACAUUUGA